CCGGUCCCUAGGCCUGUGCUUGGCGGGGGCAGAGAGGGGACGGCGGCUUGGAUGCGAGUCAGCGGAUUGGGCGUCCCCCCGCCGGCCGGCGCAGAUGGUGCAGUCCGGGAAGAUGGCAGAUGGAUACAUUGUGACAGUCUGAUCUUCUAGACUAGGAUACCAGUAAUGCCGUUCCCACCUGAACACAUGAUAAUCGGAUGACUUUCAAAGCACUUGUAAGAUGAACAUUCGCCGUAGCAGAUGCCUAGAGGAAGAGGUGACCUUCUAAGCAGCAAGAUGAGUGAAUGGCAAAAGAUUUUUGUGCAAAAUCUGACUGUUCCUCCACACUCCCAAAGGAAACGACAUCUCCCGAGGGAAUCAAUAGCAUUUCAGUGUGUCCUGAAGUAUGUUGAGGGGAAUUUAAUUAAGCAGAGAGUGCUAGAAGGCUUGUCAGAGGUUGAAUACCAGCUCCGCCUGUCCCUCUUUGACAUCACGUAUCGUCAUUUCUUUGGGAGAACAUGGAAAAGUACCACAAGACCUCUCAAAGCUGUGCCAGGACAGCCACCCAAAGUGGUUUUCAAUGAGACCAUUUAUUUUCACACAUCUUUAAGCCAUCCCAGCAUCGUCGCCGUGGUGGAAGUGGUGGCUGCAACCAAGAAGCGAGAGGGGACCCACCAGGAUCUGUCUUGUGGGUUUGGAAUUCUGCACCUGUUCAACAGCAAGUCAGAGCCAACAGAUGUGGCCACCAAGGACAGAGGGCUCCAGCUGUAUCACGGGACACCGCGAGCGCUCCUGCACCCCCUCCUGCAGGACCCGAUAGAACAGAAUAAAUACAUGACGGUGAUAGAGAACACUCACCUUCAGUACACCUUAAGGCCACACCCGCCCCUCGAGACCGUGUAUCACCUCUUCCCUGAGAAUAUGCUGGUGUCUGGGCUGCAGAAAAUUCCUGGCUUGCUGCUAACACAUGGAGAAACAAGUGAUUUCUUUCGAAAACCCCACCUCAUGAAAUCAGUCACGUGGUACUUGGACAAACUUUCCAUUAAUUUGUACCCUUCAUUAGAAAAAUUUGAGGAAGAGCUGCUGGAUUUACUCAACAGUGAGCGUUUACUUAAGGAUAGCUCCACGGUGGAUGGGAGCGAAGUUCUCAUUCAGGAACGACGGCUGCACAUCGGGGUCCACAAUGGCUUAUGCUUCGUUCAGACGCCUCAGGUGGUGGUGUUGGUGCCAGAGGCCGAGGUGGCACGGGGGCGCUCGGCCAGCUUCCACAGGAAACAAGGCCUCAGCGCCAAACCAAGCACGGUAGGUCAAGCUCUGGUUUUGAGAAGCCGCAUUCGUUUGACCGAGAUGGUCCGUCACCCAGCGUUCGCAAUUGUCUUCCAGCUGGAGUAUGUCUUCUCUGCACCAAGUGGAGCUGACAGGAAGGCAUUGUCCAUUUCCUCUUUGACUAAAGCAGCCUAUAUGCAUUCCAUCCGAUGGACUGUUUGGAAUCCUUUGCUGGACUCGAGUUCCACGGAAGUGAUCUUACCACUUCAAGGAGGCGCCCAGCAGAACCCCAGCCAUGUGUUAGUUUACAAGAUGCCGCCCACCAGUAUGAGCUCCGAAGAGGUGAAGCAGGUUGAGUCUGGCACGGUCCAGUUCCAGUUUUCCACCAAUUCAGAGGAACAUCUCGGGACUUCUGCAGAUUCCUUAAGUAACAGCAGAGCAGAGCUCCUCCACUCAGCGAAGCCGUCCACACCAUCUCUGAGUGCACCAUCUUCCCCCCAGAUGUUGGUUUCCACUCAAGACUAUCCUCAAGGACCUGGGUUGUCGAUAUCCCAGUUGUCUGCAUCACCCCGUUCUCCUCCUGUAAGCCACUCGUCCAAACCCCCGUUGAAACGGCAAACUGGCUCUCCAGUCCCCUGCUCCCCUGGGAUGCGCCGACGUGAACAUGCACAGGAGCUCCCACAUGGAGGCAGCCGCGGUGGCAUAACGCACUUGGAGGCUGACCUCAACCCCAGCUCCUUGAUCCUGGAUUCCUCUGCAAGCGACCAGCUGCAGGAGCUGCCAUUCACGCCCGUGCACGCGCCUAUUGUUGCCAUGGGAACACAGACUGGAAGCUCUAGCUCUGUCCUCACUCGGGCCUCUCUGUCUCGCUUGCAUGCCGCUGGCUUUCCAGAAAUCCUGGACUGUAACAAGGAGCCAGCAGAAGUUGUGGACCCUGCAGACCCUGUGAACUUCAACCCUCAAAGGGAAGAAGCUGACUUCUUGCAAAGCAAUGAGAUCAUUUUGCAGUUCCUUGCCUUCACCAGGAUUCCACAGGAUGGCCUGGGGACAACGUGGCCCAAGACUAUGUAUUUCACCUUCCAGUUUUACCGUUUCCCACCAGUCACAACACCACGACUGCAGCUGGUGAAGAUGGACCAGUCUGGGACAGCCAGUUCAGCUGUAUCUUCCCAUAUGUUAUUCCAGAUCAACAAAGAUGGAACCCUUAGGAGUGAAUCUCCAGGGUUGCAGCUGAAGUAUAUGGUGGAUCCUGGUUUUCUGAAGCCAGGAGAACAACGCUGGUUUAUACGUUAUAUAGCUGACCAUAACCUACAGAUUGAUAUUUGGGAUGGAGAUUCUUUGCUCCUCAUUGGAUCUGCUGCAGUUAAGCUGAAGCACUUGCUUCGCCAGGGUCGGAGAGCAGUUCAGGUCCAUCAUGAGCUGGAGGUGAUGACAACUGAAUACGAGCAGGACACAACAGUGAUGAGUGGGGACGUUCUCAGACAUGGCACUGUGAAGCCCAUAGGCGUCUACGCUGUUGUGAAAGGCCGACUUCACCUGAGUUUGGCCAAUGUUGGUCACCUGUGUGAGCAGAGGCUGAAGAAAUCAAACUCCUUGCCACCCUCCCGCUCUCGCAUUGUCUCCUCGCAUGAUGGGACCAGCAACUUCCACGGAGGCAGCUUGUUCUCCCUCAAUACGCCUGGAGGUACGUCCCGUUGGCUCCUAGCUCAUUGCAGCCUGGCAAUGGCUUUUCUCCUGUGCGCUAUUAAAAGUACCAAAGCUAAGAACGUCUCCCAAGCCCAGAAGCUGGCGGACGUGGACAGCGAGCUGGCUGCCAUGCUGUUCAGCCGCCUGCAGGAAGUGAGCACGGCCUUCCAGCACGUCAGCCGCGAGGCCAGCGCCAUCCGCAGGCGGAAGCUGGAGAGGAUGAUGAUGGUGCGACAGCUCGAAGCCCAGGAGGACGUCAGUGGGAGGAGAGCAAGCCGUAUGGGCCGGCGUGAGGAGCGCAUCCAGCAUUCCAGGGACCUGGAGAUUAUUGAUGCCUACCGGGAGCGCAUCAAGGCCGAGAGCAUCUCUAGCAUGCUGAUUCAGGCCAUCACCACCAACUACACGCUCUAUGCCACACUGGGCACAGCAGAGUUCUUUGAAUUUGCCCUGAGAAACCCAUACAACGUCCAGCACACGGUGACGAUCGAGAUCGACCACCCUGAGCUGAGUGUUAUUGUGGACAGUAGGGAGUGGAGACACUUCAAAGAGCUGACCCAAACAAUGACUACUCCAGUAGAAGAGGACAUGUUCCAUCUUCAGGACAACCUCAUGCCUCAGGUCUACCUGCGCCCCAAAGAGACCAUUCACAUUCCAUUUAAAUACCAGACCUUCUCUGUGGACCACGCUGUCAUGAUGCAGCAGGGCCCUGCUGAGCUGAGAUUCAAUAAAGGCACAGAAGCUGCACCCCCCUGGAAGUCCAGUGCCAUGCUGACAAAACGCAUCAAGAUCUCCUUUAAGGCAAAUGGUGACAAACCCAUUGCAAUUCUCAGUGUUAAUGUGGAGCCUCAGCCCCACGUGGUGGAUCAGACAUUCCGAUUCUAUCACCCGGAGCUCACCUUCCUGAAGAAGUCCAUACGGUUACCUCCAUGGUACACCCUGCCAGGUGCCCCAGCAGGAAUGCCAGGUGGGGAACCGGAGAUGUACGUCCGCUGCAGUGACCCCAACAUCAUUUGCGAAACAAAAAAAAUGGGUCCUGGGGAGCCACAGGAUGUGUUCUUAAAAGUAGCUGGAGGACCAAGCCCACAGAUCAAAACAUUCUUUGUUGCUAUUUACACGGACGCCUGGCUUGCUGCUCCCAUUCAGAUCUGGCAAUUUUACCUUCACUCGCUGCAACGUGUGGACGUUAGCUGCAUAACUGGCCAGCAGACCCGCCUUUCCUUGGUUCUCAGGGGCACCCAAACGAUCCGGAAAGUGAGAGCUUACACCUCGCAUACACAGGAGCUGAAGGUGGAUCCCAAAGGCGUGUUUAUUCUCCCUCCGAACGGGGUGCAGGACCUGCAUAUCGGCGUGAGGCCUCAGAAAGCUGGCAGCAGAUUUGUUUACCUCAAUCUGGUGGAUGUGGAGUACCACCAGCUUGUUUCGUCCUGGCUGGUGUGCGUCUCCUGCCGACAGCCUGUCAUUUCCAAGGCAUUUGAAAUAACACUCCCUGCCGGCGGAGGGAAAGGCUCCAACAAGCGGAUCACAUACACGAACCCAUAUCCCUCCAGGAGGAUGUACUUCCUGCAUACCAACCGAGCUGACCUGCUGCAGUUCAAGGAGGAUUCCUUUGAGAUUGGAGGAGGGGAGAUGUACACGAUUGGCUUGCGGUUUGCACCGAGCCAGAGCACCGGGGAGGAGGAGAUUCUGAUUUAUAUCAAUGAUCACGAAGACAAGAAUGAAGAAACCUUCUGUGUGAAGGUUGCCUAUCAGUAAAGAGGAGGCUUUGCCGGAGGGUCAGUAGAAUGAUGUGUUCCUGGAGCAUCUGUUGAAGCUUUCAUCUUACUCCACCUACCAAGAGACAGAGUCCUGUUGUUAUCCGCUUUAGAGACUUUUCCCUCCAUAGAUUUCCUGUUUCUGAAUUUCCUCGACCAUGUUUGUUUGUAGACAGAAAACCGAUUGAGCUGCUCUGUGAACUUAGCCCACAUGCUGGCAGGAUGUUUCUCCUUCCUCUUUGCAGUUUGCCUCUAUCUAAUCAAGCCAUGGCCAAGUCACUAUGAUUUAUUGUCUGACUGAAUUCUUGGCACACUAACAUGACCUCCAGUGAUGUAACAGCCAUAUUUGUUCUACUUAAAAUGGUAAAUUAAUCCCUAUAUAUUUAUACCAUAUGCCACGGUCCAGACGAUUGUCACUAUUUCUGUUCUCCUUUGGUGGGCCGUGCGCUUGUUUGGAUUUUUAUUUUUUUAAUUCUUUUUUUAACAGAUUUUAAAAAGCUGCAUUUCCAGA